AUGUCUUCGACGAAUGGUACUAGCACAUUACGUGUUAAUGUUGCAUUAUUUGAACGUGAUGUGGUUAAACUUGUACUCGAUUUUCUUCAACAACGUGAACUUUAUAUUAGUAUGCUUGAUGUCGAACGUGAAACAGGUAUUAUUAAUGGUUCAUUUUCGGAAGAUAUACUUUUCUUACGACAACUUAUUUUGGAUGGACAGUGGGACGAUGUCAUUGAUUUUGUUCAACCAUUAAAAACAAUCGAAGCAUUUGAUGCUAAACAAUUUAUUUAUAUUGUACUUAAAUAUCAAUUUCUUGAAUUAUUAUGUUUAAAAACUGAAGCACAAAUUGAAAAUGAUUUAUCAGUUGAACAAAUUGUGAAGUUUCUCAAUGAUUUACGACCAUUUGCACCAAAUGAACAAGAAUAUAAAAAAUUAUCUUUUCUACUUACACUCAAACGUUUACAAGAACAUACAGAUUAUUCAAAUUGGAAUCCUAGUGCUGGUCGUGUACAAUGUUUUCAAGAAGUAUUACCACUUGUUCAUCGAUUUUUACAAGUAGACAAACAAAUGAUUCCUAUAGCCCAAGGUGAUCGUUUAAUUCAAUUACUUGUCAAAGGUCUACUUUAUGAAUCAUGUGUUGAACAUUGUCAAGCACGUGCAACAAGUACAGAUGAAACAAUUGAUCUCACUGAUCCAAAUUCUUUAUUAUCAAAUACACGUUUAUCAGAUACGGAUGUUUCACUUCUUUCAUGGCUUCAUGCACUACCAACUGAAAUAUUUUCAUGUCCAUUCGAACAAAAAUCUUUAACAUUAAAUAUUGAUAAACUUCAAAAACCUGUUCUUGAAGCAACAUGGGCUGAACAUGUUUUAAGUACUCCAUUUAAACCUCAAACAAUGUUUCCAUUUAAUGCAACACCUACAGGUAAACCACGAUCAACUGAAUUAAUGUCGCGUUCAUUAGCACCACAAUAUGAUGGAUUAUCUUAUGGUCUUAUUCGUUCACAAAUAUUCGGAGAUUAUAAUCGUAAUUUUGUUAAUGAUAUGAGUCGUUCACUAGCUGUAUGUAAUGUAAAAGAUAAUGGCAUUAAUAAUAUAACACCCCCAAUAACAACAAAUUUACCAACAGUUGAAGAAGUUCUUUAUGAAGAAACACCUCCACCACCUUCGCCACCAUUGCCACCACCACCAAGUUCAUUAUCACCCGUAUCAAAUAGAAUGUCUCCACAAAAUUCCUAUCGUUCACAAUCACCAAAACGAAGUGUAACUAGUCCUCCAUUGAUAAAACAAACAAACAGUACAACGAUAAGUGAAAAUGGUAAUCGUUCAUCAAAUACAGAUGUUCCAGAAGAUCGUUUACUUAAGGAAUAUCAAAAAAGUCGAGCAGAAAUUAGCAAACAAUUUGAUGAACAAGAAAUUCGAAGAAAUGAAUUACAAAAACAACUUGUAACGAAUCCAACAAUACGAGAAAUUAAUGAAGUGACGAAAUAUGAUUCACUUGAAGAUAUAGCUCGUUCACCUGCAUUUAUACCAGUCGUAACUAUUGAAGAUGUACAAGCUAUUCGUUCAGUUGAUGUUCAUCCAAGUGGUAGAUUUUUUGCUGUUGGUUCAAAUUCGAAAAUGCUUCGUGUUUGUGCAUAUCCAGAUAUAAAAACUAUUCGUACAGAUUCAGUACCAAAACCAGCUAAAGUUUUAUAUAAAAAAGGUAAACAUCAUUUGGGAAAUACAGAAAUUGAAUUAACACAUCAUAAUGGCACUGUUCGAGAUCUUAUUUUUAUGAACGAUAAUGCAAAAGAUGAUUCAGUAUUAUUAAGUGGUGGUGCGGGUGAUUGUAAAGUUUAUGUAACGGAUGUUAAAAAACAAACACCAAUUAAGAGUUUUAGUGGUCAUCAAGGUCAUAUCUAUUCAUUGUUUACUUGGGAUGCUUAUAAUUUUGUUUCGGCUAGUCAAGAUGGAACAUCACGUUUAUGGGAUAUACGUCAACCUGAAUGUAUCAAUGUUAUAGCACCUCGUGUUACAAAUAGUGCAGUAGCAGCUGUUGCUGUUGAUAGUUCAGGUCAAUUAUUAGCAGCUGGUUAUGAAGAUGCUUCAUGUUUACUUUAUGAUCUUCGUGGGAAACGUAUUGUUCAAACUUAUCAACCACAUUCAGGUGAAAUUCGAAGUGUUCGAUUUUCUGUACAUUCAUAUUAUUUACUUACGGCUUCCUAUGAUAAAAAAGUUGUUAUGACAAGUUUAAAUGGUGAUUUAACGAAACCACUUAUUCUAUCUAAUGUAGCUGCACAUACAGAUAAAAUAAUUCAAGCACGAUGGCAACCAAAUGAAAUGUCAUUUAUUACGACAAGUGCUGAUCGUACGUGUAUGGUUUGGAUGCCACCACCAUCAGCUCUAUCAAAUCUUGGACAAUUAUCAUAA